AUGUUACUAUUAAGGGGGGAAAAAUUACCUACAAAUGAUAAGUGGAUAUUGUAUGUCUUAUGCGGAGUGCAUAAUUAUCCGUCUGCUGAACAUCUUGAAGGACACUCAUUUGCUGGUAGAUUAUCUAAGGAGGAAACAUCCUUAUUAGUUGACAUGUCAAAAAGUAUGGUGCGACCAAAAGAGAUAUUGGUUACAUUGAAACAAAGAGAUGCCUUUAAUGCAACAACAAUGAAGACAAUCUACAACGCACGUCAUCGACAUCGAGUAGUACAGAGGACGGGAAGAUCACAGAUGCAACAACUAUUAAGGCAAUUGUCGAUUCAAAAUUAUGUUGAGUGGCAUCGAUGUGAUGAUAGAGAGAUGGUGGCUAACUUGUUCUGGGCACACCGGAUUAGUUUGGAGUUGUUACGUGCAUUUCCACAUGUGCUGAUUAGGGAUUGCAUAUACAAGACUAAUAGGUAUCGACUCAUUCUCUUAGAGAUUGUUGGGGUAACAUCAACGAACUUUACAUUUUCAGUUUCUUUUGCUUAUCUUGGUCAUGAACGGGAGGACAACUAUACAUGGGCUUUAGGCGUAUUGCGUACUGUUAUGGAGAAUACUGCUUUUCCAAAUGUCUUUAUUACAAAUAGAGAGUUGGCUUUGAUGAAAGGUAUAUCAAAAGUUCUACAUAUAGCCACUAAUCUUUUAUGUAGAUGGCAUAUUAGCAAGAAUGUUCUGAUGAAGUGCAAGAAUGUUUUUGAGAUGAAAGAUAAAUGA